CCUGUAAAUAAUGGUCACCCAUACAAAAAAGUUUCUAUCAGAAAGUGACUGGAAUAGGUAUGGUUUCGUCCUCAAUAGAAUCUUGCAGAAAAAUGUUUUCUAAAUCUUAUGAGACGUCUCCGAAGUCUGAGUGACUUUUAGCUUAGGCGGGAAACGUUCUAUAACAGUACGGAUCUAAUCACAAAUUUGGGUUUGUCUGAAGUUAAAGGUAACAGCCAUGGCAAUAAUAUUCCAGAGAUGGACUUCUGAUUUCUAGUAACAAUGUUCUUGUGAAAAUAGAUUGUCAGAUGGUGUCUGAUUUUUGAUGAUAACUGUUCACACAAUUUUACUGAGAAUAACAGCAUAAAUUCCGACACUUUUACGAUGUUUCUCCAUCUAUUUCUGGCAUUUUAAAACCAAGUCGAACUUUUUAUCUAUUAAGAUUUUUAUUGUAACUAAUUUUUUUUCUUCACCUCUCGAAGUUUACAUUAUUGCAUGACUAACUUCUCUCCUUUAGAGUAUUUUGAAAAUAAUAUUAUAAUCCGGUUGUUGGUUCCGUCAUGUUCUUGUUCUCGGUGAGAGAAUCGAGGUGUAUGUUACUGAUUAGUUAAGUGUUUUGGACUUGUCACAGAAUAUGUGACUAAUGCACUUUUUUGUAGAUAAAGUUGAUUUUAGAACGAUUGUAAAAGAACGAUGUAUGUAUACCCCGUAUAUAAAAUUAACAUGCGGUUCUUUUAUCGCUUCUUUUAUCAAAAAAACAAGAAUAAAUACGUUUAAUAUCAACAGUGAUUGAGUAUGACACAGCUGCUGGUGCCAUAUAACCAAAAAAAGCAGAAAGCAACAAAAAAAUAUUUUGUAUGCUUGUUGUUGAUGUGAAAAUAAUCUCUGCAUUCAUGCUGAGAGAAAAAAAGCAGCGUUAACAAUGUAGUAAUGUAAUGUGAUAUGUAGUAUGAGUGAAGUCGAUUAUUUAGAUCGUCUUGGUAAUUUAUUACCUUGGCAAGUAACAUUGUCGGAAAAUGAUAGAAUAAUUAUUAUAUUAAUUGCAUCAUGUUUUGUAUCGUUUAUUGGAUUUACAUUACUAUGUCUAGUAUGUCCACAAUGUCCGCUGAGACGACACUGUGCAAAGAGGAAAAGUAGACACAAAGAACAAUUUAUCCUUUCAUUGCCGCCUAACACUAGUGUAUUAUUACCACCUAAAUAUGAGUCAAUAUUGGUCGAUGAUUAUGCAAUACAAAAACUGAGUACCAGCAAAUAUUUAGAAUUAGGUAGAAAACAGUCUUGUAUGACGUCAGACAGCGAUGGAAAAUGUUCGUCCACAAAUGAUCAUGACGCUAACAUAUUUCGAUUUGACUCUCAUCGUUCAUCUGUUUCAUUGCCCAAUUUGUAUUCACCACCUUAUGCACAAGUUCAACUUCGAUACUAUUAUGAUUUGGAAAAGAAUGUAUUCAAUGUUCACUUAUCAAAUUGUGAACAUUUUCCCUGUCAUCCAGCAUUCGGUGAACAAGGUGAUUAUUUUAUUAAAAUUCAAUUAUUAACAAAUAAAUUAUUGAAAAAAUUAAAAGAUGCCUAUAAAAAACGUCGUCUAAGUCUACAUUCAUCAUCAAAACGUUCACAACAACUGGAACAAACAACGAAACAUUUGUCACGUACAAUGAAAAAUAUAAUUAGUUGCAAUGAACAACUACAGUUUAUUUUUGAUUCAACAAAUGGCAAUAAUAACGUAAUAAAUACGGUUAUUAAUUCGUCGAUGAGAAUUUUGUUGUAUUGUUGUGAUCGAUAUGGAAUUCAAGAUUUAAUGUUUGAACAAUGGAUCUAUUUACAUAAUCUCACUAUCAAGUCAUUAUGUAAACCAAAUGAACAAGUGCAGCAAGUAGAAUUCAAACAAACACCAAAGGCAAGCGUUAUUCUUUACUAA